AAGACUGGGAUGGGGUCAACACCCUAAAGCCAGCCCCUUUCUUUUUCCAAGACCUGCCUUAGAACAGACCUGAACAGACAGCAGAAAGCUGCAGUUGGAGUCCUGGGCCCCGAUGGAGCCCUGGCUGGGGCCUGAGGCUGCUGCUCUCCACCCAGGCUGGCCAGCCCUGCUGCUUUGGGUCUCAGCCCUGAGCUGUUUUGUCUCUUCGUCAGCUCCUCCUUCUCCUUCUCUGGUGCCCCGAGUCAGAACCAGCUACAAUUUUGGAAGGACUUUCCUCGGCCUUGAUAAAUGCAAUGCCUGCAUUGGAACAUCUAUUUGCAAGAAGUUUUUUAAAGAAGAAAUAAGGUUUGACAACUGGCUGGCCUCCGACCUCAAACUACCUUUGGAGUACUUGCCUUCUUAUCCUGCAAAUUACUCAGAUGAUUCUAAAACCUGGCGUCCUGUGGAGAUAUGGAGGCUGAUCAGCAAACACCAGAAUGAAAUCUCAGACCGAAGAAUCUGUGCCUCUGCAGCAGCCCCCAAAACAUGCAGCAUUGAGCAUGUCCUAAGAAAAACAGGAAGAUUCCAGAAAUGGCUGCAGGCCAAGCGUCUCACGCCAGACCUGGUGCAGGGCCUGCCCAGCCCCCUCUUGCGCUGCCCUUCGCAGCGACUUCUGGACCGUGUGGUUCGGCGCUAUGCUGAGGUGGCUGACGCUGGCAGCAUUUUCAUGGACCACUUCACGGACCGCGACAAGUUGCGCCUGCUCUACACAUUGGCUGUCAACGCGCAUCCCAUCCUCCUACAGAUUUUUCCUGGAGCUGAAGGAUGGCCACUGCCUAAGUACCUGGGUUCCUGUGGACGAUUCCUGGUCAGCACCAGCACUAGCCUACUGCAGGAAUUCUAUGGUGCACCCCCAGACCAGGCAGCUGACCUGGCCUACCAGCUCCUCAAGGUCCUGGAGUCUCUGAGGAACAACGAUCUGAAUUAUUUCCUCUACUUCACCCAUGUGGAUGCUGCCAUGUUUGGCAUCUUUAAUAAUGGGCAUCUGUUCAUCCGGGAUGCCAGUGCCCUGGGUGUCAUCGACAAGCAGGAAGGCAGCCAAACAGCCACCAGGGCAGGAGAGAAUAAAGACAUCUUUAGCUGCCUGGUUACUGGCUGCAAAGCUGAGCUGCCCUCCUGUGACACCAUCCCUGAGAAGCAGAGCCUGGUGCUGGUGUGUCAGCAAGUGCUGCCUCAACUUCUCCAGAGGAAGUUCCCUUCUCCAGUGCAGGAGCAGAUAGAUGUCCUCCUGGCUAAGUGUGGGGAGGAUACUCGCCCAGACCCUGAAGUCCUCAGGGCUGCCAGCCAGCUGAAGGACAUCUUGAGACCCCUGAGAACCUGUGACUCCAGAUUUGCCUACCGCUACCCAGACUGCAAGUAUAACGAUAAGUUCUGAAGGGCUGGAGAUUGGCUGGCUUCCAGGACAACAUCCUUGGCUCUCCAUUUCCCAGCUUGGUCGUUGCAAGGUUGAAAGAAGAUGUUUUAGACAUUAGGAGAAAUGCACAUUCAUUUACCAGGGACUAAGGAACAUUCCAAUGACUGG